UACUUAAAUUUCCAAAUCAACUUCUUCACUGUUUAUGUACUAUACUUGAACCGAUGUGUUUGAAGUGGAGAAAUCAAACAUAGUCUUUGCUCGUUGCCAGACAUGCGACUUGACGUGAGGCAGAGUAGUGAGCGUUGUUUAGUGAAUGAGCGAAUACUACAGUGAAGUAGUGAAAGUAAGUUCGAGGAUGAAUGACAGUCGUGUACAGAUAUUGAAGAUAUUUCCAGUAUUUACUGUCCUGUUUUCAUUAUGGGUUCUGUAUGUGACGCUUAGAGUUCUUGAUGAAACUGGACAAAGUAUUUUGGUUUUCGCAUUGUUGCUAUCGCAAGUCUAUUUAAACUGGUUGGCACUGCUACUUGGCAACCGCAACUGCACAGCUUCAAGAAGUCAAGAUAAAAGUUACUUCAGUUGGGAACUACUGAGUGCCGCUUCCGAUGAUUACGACUUCAGUAACUCAUCACCUCCAUGGGAUAGUAACAGCGAAAAGAAUGUUGAGGAAAACAAAUUUUAUGAUUACGAUUUUGUUUCGAACACAGACAUUACAAUGCAAAGAAUUUGGUAUUGCCCUCGCUGCUGUCAGAAUUCUUUCAUAAAAUGUUCCCAUUGCUCAGUGUGUAAGAAAUGCAUUAUUGAGCGGGAUCAUCAUUGUUUUUUCUUGGGAACGUGUAUUAGCAUGAAAAAUAUCACAUACUUCAUUAUUCUGUUAAUUUACACUGGUCUAACAUCAUCUUAUGUCACUCUGUUGUUGUGCAACAAAAUGAAUUUGCUUGACUCCUCUACUACAGUGUUAAUGGAGCACUUCUUUCCAGUAUCAUUUGCGAAAUGGUUAUCGGGCGAAGAAUAUACAUAUAACCUAAUAGAAAAAUUGCUGUUGAAUGUGUGCGUGUCGUUGGCUCUAUUUAGUUUGGCAUUUGCCGCCUACUAUUUGUGCAAAGCAGCAAGAAGUAAAACUUUACAAAAGUCACAUAAGCAACGGGAUAUUAUUUCCUUCCUGAAAUUUACAAGAAACAAUGCAUCGCAUUUUAGAAAGCAUAAUCUCGUUAAUUUAAUAUUCCCAAUGAUUCUAAUGAGGUAUUUGCCUUUCAACGUAGCGUCCAACACCCACAAAGAAAAUUAAGUUUCGGACCACGACUAAAGUGAUAAAACCAAGCACUUCUGUAAACAUUGCAUAAACUUCAAGCAAGAUUUAGGAUCUGAUCUUCAUAACUCUAUUUGAGUACAUCCAGUAAAAUAACACACAAUUUAACUGUCAAAUUCAUAAACUUGAAAUUCAGACCUCUGUGCAAAUGUUUGCUAGAUUUAUACUUUCUGUGUGUAAUAUAUUCUGUGAUACUGUAAAUAUACUGUUGUGUGAAAAUCA